GAGACAGAGAGAGAGAGAGAGAGAGAGAGAGAGAGAGAGAGAGAGAGAGAGAGAGAGAGAGAAGGAAGCAGGGAUAAGGAAGAGGCCGAGCGGAAACGUGAGAGAGCGAGGCCCUCGAGGAUGAGAGGAGACGAGCUGGUGUACUGGUGGGCCGUCCUCGCCAUCGUGUCGAGUCUGGCCUGGUUUUUGGCCCAAUUCUGUCUGCCGCUGAUAUGCGCUCUCCUCAUCAUCUGCUUCUUCGGGCCAUACCACUACCUUCAGUCACACACGUACCUCGACCUGCAGUCCUUCGCCGAGGGAGCGAGGGCGGCGAUUCUGCAGCCAUACCAUGCGCCUCUGGUCACUAUUUUGACGGUCACACUCCCAUGGGUAACGACGUUCGACGUGUCUGGCAUCAGCGCGGGGAAAUGUUUUGCCCUCGCGCCCGCCUGCUUCGUCUGCGUGGUCGCUCUCGCUAGAAUAAAGGCACUCCUUCGGCACUCGUGGGAAGCCGAACAGCAGCGCCUUCUGGAGGAAAUAGGCAGCAGCAGAUCAGUGGUGGGAGACGGGCUUGCCAUCGGCUACUACGUCGGGUAUCUGAAGAAUCUGUUUUCGGAAUGUGAUGGUUUAGACUUCGUAAAGCGCCUGAGGUCCUUUGAGCAACAGCACAAGAUGAGGCUGGCUUCACACAAGAUCUACAUCCUCUCCUUCACCUCGUGUACCAACAACCACUCGGCCUUCGAUGUUAUGGACAAAGUGGGAGAGUCCUUAAAGAUGCAGUACACUCGCGGCGGCGUAACACGAACUAUCAACAACACAGUAUAUCGCGGUCGUGUUCCCGGGUUUUAUCCUGGCGUUUAUAUAGAAGAGGAAUUCUACGUGAUUUGCGAGACCCUUUCUCCUAUUAGUACCAUUAGCAGUAUGGAUUGUGUGGGAUUCACCAAGGACGACAAGCUCCGUACUCUUCGGCGCCUGACAAUGAAACUGAACGAAUUCCUUCAGGAGGAUCCGAGCGUAAGAGACUACGUAAGGCUCAUGGAAAUCGAUGAUAUUAACGAUCGCCGUCCCCUGAACCAGUUACUGUGGGAACAAAUAGAAAAAGACCACCUGGAUAUAACAACUGCGCUGGUGGCCCUCCACUCAUCGAAGAAAAAACACGAAAUGGCCGAACGGAAGUGACAGUUUUGGCAGGAGGAAGAAACAGCGAGAUCGGAAUAAACUGAUAAAAAAAAACAUACGGUUUGGAUGUAAAAAAAAAAAAAAAAAACGAAGACUAAAGCGAACUAAUUUAAACCCUCUCACUCAAUGAUCGUUCAGCAAAUGAGAAGUGUGUGUGUGUGCGUGCCUGCCUGCGUGUGCCUAUGACUCCUAUGCCAGGUGUCGCCCACGCACAGUGACAGACAGACGCCAUCAACAGCGUUCCCUCAAACGCCGGAAAGAACAAAGAGAAGGUCUUUCCUCCGCGAAUAAACAAGUAACACUCACCCUUGGCACGAAUCUUCAGGACUUUAUCGAGUGCGAUCUGAGACGUUCCCUGAAGAGAUACGGAUAACAAUAAAUAUACAAUAAAAGAGAUGGAUAAGUAAAUUAAUAGAUAAUUCAUCGACAGGUAUAAUGGUGAGAUAAAUAAAUAACAAGUAUAUAACAAACAAGUAUCUUUUUAGACAUGAAACACCUUAUUGUCAUUUUUUCAGAUAACAAAUAUCCUGUGACGGUUUUCGAUAACCGGGAAUUACAGAAACACCUGAUAUACAUACAGUAUAAUAUAAGUAUAUAUAUAUACACACAUAUGUUAUAAUAUAUAUAUAUAUGUUGUAGUGUGAUAAUGUAUAGAUCCCUAUUUUCUGUCAUAUUGUUUUUACAGUUUGAAUCUUAUGAAUGUUGUUGUUGUUGAGGUCUUAAUAUACAUUAUUAGCGUUAAGAUGAUAAGAGUCUAGCAUAUUAGCCAAAGCAGUGUCAAUAAUGGAUAUUAAAAUGUCUGUAUUUAUGUCAAUAAAAUAAAUACUUGU